ACGUGGUUGUCGUUGGCCUUACCCUUCCCUGUCUGUUUCCCCCUCCCAGUCGGGGCCAGGCCAGGCCAGCUCCCCUGGCAGCAGAGGGGGGCAGGUGACAGGCAGGCAUCGCAGCUGAGAGACUCAGGAGGCGCCUGGGAAGCGGAAACCUGGGAGAAGUCCAGCCACAGCCCAAGAGCUAGAACCGCCCCUUGAUCUGUGCACCAUGGGGGAGAUGGAGCAGCUGAGGCAGGAAGCGGAGCAGCUCAAGAAGCAGAUUGCUGAUGCCAGGAAAGCCUGUGCGGACACCACCCUAGCUGAGCUUGUGUCUGGCCUAGAGGUGGUGGGACGAGUCCAGAUGCGGACACGGAGGACAUUAAGGGGACACCUGGCCAAGAUCUAUGCCAUGCACUGGGCCACUGACUCUAAGCUGCUGGUAAGUGCCUCGCAGGACGGGAAGCUGAUCGUGUGGGACACUUACACCACUAACAAGGUGCAUGCCAUUCCACUGCGUUCCUCCUGGGUCAUGACCUGUGCCUAUGCACCAUCAGGGAAUUUUGUGGCGUGUGGGGGUCUGGACAACAUGUGUUCCAUCUACAGCCUCAAAUCCCGUGAGGGCAAUGUUAAGGUCAGCCGGGAACUCUCUGCUCACACAGGUUAUCUCUCCUGUUGCCGUUUCCUGGAUGACAACAACAUUGUGACCAGCUCUGGGGACACCACGUGUGCCUUGUGGGACAUUGAGACGGGGCAGCAGAAGACGGUGUUUGUGGGUCACACUGGAGACUGCAUGAGCCUGGCUGUGUCUCCAGACUACAAGCUCUUCAUUUCGGGUGCUUGUGAUGCCAGCGCAAAGCUCUGGGAUGUGAGGGAAGGGACCUGCCGCCAGACUUUCACUGGCCACGAAUCCGACAUCAAUGCUAUCUGUUUCUUUCCCAAUGGAGAGGCCAUCUGCACUGGCUCAGACGAUGCUUCCUGCCGGCUGUUUGACCUGAGGGCAGACCAAGAACUGACCGCCUAUUCCCAUGAGAGCAUCAUCUGUGGCAUCACGUCAGUAGCCUUCUCGCUCAGUGGUCGCCUGCUCUUCGCAGGAUAUGAUGACUUCAACUGCAAUGUCUGGGACUCUUUGAAGUGCGAGCGUGUAGGCGUACUGUCUGGCCACGACAACAGAGUCAGCUGCCUGGGGGUCACAGCUGAUGGUAUGGCUGUGGCCACUGGUUCCUGGGACAGCUUCCUCAAAAUCUGGAACUAAGGAGGCCAGAAGAAGAGAGGUGGGAAGCCAUGAAGAUCCUCAGCUGCUUCCUCCUAUAUUCACCUCUUUAGGGUCAGUCUUCUAUAGCCCAGGGGCCAUUCCCAGUAAACUUCUUUUGAGAGCAGUAGGGAUUAUGGGAGUGUGCCUUUGGAAGCAUCAGGGACACAAGGGCAAAGAACUGCCCCAUUUCCGCCAUGGCCUCCCCUAUCCAGAGCCCUCACAGCUUCUCCCUUAAUAAACAGGAACAGACCCUCUCAGCCUCUAGGGUCCUCUUGAGCUACCCAUAGCCUUUGUCCAGACCAGGAAUGGUCAGGGUGCUCAGCUCAUGAUUGUGGAUGUCACUACUAGUCUCCUGGCCCCUUCAGACUUUCUCCUUUUCUACCUUUCCCCCUUUAUUAUCACCUAAUAAAACGUAGCAUCCUGUGU